GAUACUCUUGUUUCGCUCCUUGACAACGCUGGCGGGGGUGCGCUAGCUGCGGCCCCGGCUCCGGCCCCCGCGGGAGCAGCAGCCCUUGGGGAAGGACACUCUCUGCUCCCACCAAGUUGUCAGGGCCUGCUUCCUGAGUCUCCUGGGUGUGUCUUAAUUGCCAGCCCCAGCACCUCCUGAGAGCGCCCCCUCUCCUCCGGUGGUCACAGUGGAAGGAUCAUGGGAGAAACGGAGGGGAAGAAAGAUGAGGCUGAUUACAAACGCCUGCAGACCUUCCCUCUGGUCAGGCACUCGGACAUGCCAGAGGAGAUGCGAGUGGAAACCAUGGAACUAUGUGUCACGGCCUGUGAGAAAUUCUCCAACAACAACGAGAGUGCCGCCAAGAUGAUCAAAGAGACGAUGGACAGGAAGUUUGGCUCCUCCUGGCAUGUGGUGAUCGGCGAGGGCUUCGGCUUUGAGAUCACGCAUGAGGUGAAGAACCUCCUGUACCUGUACUUCGGCGGGGCCCUGGCCGUGUGUGUCUGGAAGUGCUCCUGACACUGCCGCGCCGCCCUGCCCUGCCCCGCCCCGCCGCACAGGGCCUCUUCCUGCGGCUCACCCGGGAUGGGGAGCAGCCCCAGGCAGGUCAUGGUUUUUCAAAGCCCAGUCUAGGGUCUUGUCUUUUGUCCUCGUAUACCAGUUUCCGGAGCCGCCCAGUGUGCGGAUUUGUUGACAUCUCUACCUGCAGGCUCCCAGCCACCUGCCUCUGAGUCCCACGUGUGAAGGGGGCAGCAGGCAGCGGGCUUGAUGCAGGGGAGGGGUGGGAAGGUGUGACAGGGUAGAAGGAGGGUGGGGAGAUGGGAUUUUUCUCACAAGGACAUGCCAGCCCCUCCUCUCUCGGGGGCUGCUCUCCCCUCACAUCCUGGGAGCCCCCUACCCUUACCCUUAGCACUGCUGGCAGGUGCCACUGUCCUUGUCUUUACUGGCCAUAUGCAAACGGCCUCAAGAAGGAGCCUCUCCUCUCAAGGGACACUGGCAGCUUCUCUCCUCGUCCUCUGGAGAAGUGGUGACCCCAAGAAGCCCCUUCCCCAACCUGACCCCAGGCUGAACAGACCACUGCAGCUCACUGGACUCACAGCUCCACAGCCCUGGCUUCAGCAUGAGGACCGAGCAGCCUUUCCUCUCUGUCCCCUCCGUCCUCCCCAACCGCCAGGCCGCGUGAACCUUUGACCCUGCCUCUACUUGUGCAGUGGCUGAGGGUGUGGGGCCUGCUCUGGACAGUGUCUCGAGGUGUCGCUGAGCCUCCGGUGAGCCGCCUGGGCCAGGAGUGUGCUCACCACGGGCCCGUUUCAGCAGGGAAGCCUGGCCUGCAGUGACUUAGCAUCAGGGACCGCACGCGCAUUUGUACUUAUCUCUGCUGGAUUUUCUAUAUUCUUUUUGAGUGUGGGGUGAAGGGUUUUAGUAGAAGGGUGAAUCCUAUUUUACACAGUGGUCUUAUUUAUAUAACUGUCUUGGCUUUUACAAUUAAAAUGACCAAAACCUGA